AUGGCCAAGAUUAAGAGGCGCGGAGAGUCCGGCGCGGCCAAGAACUACACCACGCGUAACCAGGCGCUCAAGAAGCUCCAGGUCUCGCUCUCCGACUUCCGUCGUCUGUGUAUCCUCAAGGGCAUCUACCCCCGUGAGCCUCUUCACAAGAAGCGUGCCAACAAGGGCUCGUCCGCCCCGGCCUCGUUCUACUACCACAAGGACAUCCAGUACCUCCUCCACGAGCCUCUUCUGCAAAAGUUCCGUGAGCACAAGGCCUUUGCCAAGAAGCUCGCGCGCGCCGUCGGCCGUCAGGAGUGGGGUCUGGCCAAGAACCUCGAGGACAGCAAGCCCGUCACCCGCCUCGACCACAUUGUCAAGGAGCGCUACCCGACCUUUACCCUCGCUCUCCAGGACCUUGCCGACCCCCUCAACCUCGUCCACCUCUUCUCGACUCUUCCCACCAACCCCAUCCCAGGCAAGACCCUCGUCCCCACCGAGGUCAUUGCCGAGUGUGGUCGCCUGAUCAACGAGUGGAAGGUCUGGGCCAUCCGUACCCACUCGCUCCGCAAGGUGUUCCUCGGCAUCAAGGGUGUCUACUACGAGGCCGAGGUUCCCGGCCACGGCGGCGACCUCAUUAAGGUCCGCUGGCUCGAGGGCUACGAGUUCCAGCAGCACGUCCCCACCGACGUCGACUUCCGUAUCCUGCUCACCUUCCUCGAGCUUUACCGCACCAUGAUCUCGUUUGUCCUCUACAAGCUCUACACCGAGGAGAACCUCGUCUACCCCCCUCCCCUCGACGUAGAGCAGGAUGGCCGUGGUGAGACUGUCGGUGCCUUCCGUCUCGUCGAGAACAAGGCCACCGGUGCCUCUGCCGAGACUGGUGUCUCGAAGAAGGCCGUCAAGCGCGCCAUUGCCGGUAUCGCCGCUUCGGGCGCCGCUACCGUCGAGGACGAGGAGGACGUCGACAUGGAGGACAGCGCCGACGCCGACGAGGACUUUGUCGAGCGCCCAUCCAAGGCUGCCGACGAGGACGUUGCCGGCUCGGCCCCCUUGCCGACGUACACCUCGCUCCUCGCUUCGGGCCCCUCGUCGUCCAAGCAGGCCCUUCUCUUCUCCCCUUACACCUUUUACCUGUCGCGCGAGACCUCGUCGCGCACCUGGGAGUUUGUCAUCCGUGCGCUUGGCGGCAAGGUCGUCACCUCGCUCGCUGCGCCCACUCCCGGCAGCGGCCCUCACGCCGACACCAUCACCCACGUCCUCAUCGACCGUCCCAUGACCGACGAGAGGAGGCGCGAGAUGGAGGCCGGCAGGAAAUGGACCUGGGUCCAGCCCCAGUGGGUCGCCGACUGUGUCAACCAGCGCAAGGUCCUCGGUACCGGCGAGUACGCCCCCGGCCAGCUCCUGCCCCCGCACCUGAGCCCCUGGGACGGCGAGGGUGAGGUCGAGCGCCCGUGGCUCGGCAUCGACGGCGAACCCGCCGUCGUCGAGGAGGAAGAGGACGAGGACGUCGAGGUCGACGCCGAGGUUGCGUCCGAGGACGAGGACGAGGAGGACGAGGACGAGGACAAGGAGAACGCCCCCGAGCCCGCCGCGUUCCCGCCCGCCCUCCUCGCCGCCGCCCAGAAGCCCGCCGACAAGGCGUUGCUGCACGCCGCCGAGCUCGAGGCCGAGGCCAACGGCACGUCGCACACGGCCUUCCGCGCCCAGCUCAAGGAGGCCACCAAGGCCCACGGCAAGGCCGCCACCAAGGCCAAGGCCACUGCCAAGGCCACCGGCAAGGCCGACGAGGACCUGCGCAAGAUCAUGAUGUCCAACAAGAAGGCCAAGCUGUACGAGAAGAUGAAGUACGGAAACGCCGAGCGCCAGGCCGAAAAAGAAAAGCUCGAGUCGCGCAGGAAGGAGAUUGAGAAGAUGGCCCGCAAGGCUGCUCGUUCCGGCAAGAAGUGA